AUGGGGCGCUAUAUUCUCACGACUUUGAAGUUUAUAAUACUCGGUUUGGAGCUUUUACCCCGCAGUUGUCCCACAUUUGCCGGUCGAGGGCAUGACUAUUACAAAGACUUCCGUAAUCAGUGUCCAUCAAAGCAACGUUGGAAAAGAGCGGCCCUCGAAGAUAGCUUGGCAGCUACCGCUUCUAAUGGGCUUUUUGCGUAUCCGCGACGUAGAACCAGGGUUCCAACCACCCUACCACCACUCUUGGUUCAAGGCGCGCUAAAGGAUGACCCAGGCGAACAAGUUGAUCUAUUUUCAAGGCACUAUGCAUUAAUGUAUGAGUCAGCGGAGCCGUUUCCUGAAGGUCUGCACAUUCAAGGUCUUCGCUCACCCACAUUGGCUGUCUUGUUGUUCAACCCACGUGAAGUCCAGGCCACUCUGGAGAACCUGAACAUAAAUGAAUCCCCGGGUCCUGAUGGGCUGCAUCCCAAGGUGUUGAAGGAGCUUGCGGUCGUGAUAUCUGUCCCUCUCUGGGCUUUGUUCAAUAGUUCCCUGAAAUAUGGUCGACUUCCAGAGGAUUGGAAGAUUGCACUGAUAUCGCCCCUGUUUAAGAGUGGUUCAAGGGCAGAUCCGGCGAAGUACCGUCCCAAUUUCGCACAAUUACAGGAUCAAUUAGUCGCGAAAACCAAUCGUCUGACUGUGGUUCGACGUGAGUGUCAUCGUCGUCGGCUGCUUCUUCUCGCUCAACAACAAUUGAUGGAUUCCGGGCCACAAACGUAUCAUCGUUGCAUGUACUGUUCCAAAGCGUUUCUGAACGCAUCUUUCUUAGCCGCUCACGUGCAUCGACGUCAUCCGGAAACGGAAGUAUCAAAACAGGCCGAAUGGAAUCAAACCGGACAACCGAUGCAGCCCCCCUGCACGACAAUAUUCCAACCACCACCACCACCACCACCACAACAACAACAACAACAACAACAACAACAGCCUGUCGAAGUGAUACAGGUUCAAAAUAGCAACACGGUAAGCGGUUCGUUUUGGAUUUGUUUGCGCAAAUGA